AUGAUACCUCUACAUCUAAGACUAACUAAUAUUACGUGUGACUUUGGUGAGGGGAGUUCUCUUGAUUUGAAAUCUGGAAAUCGCAUCUUCCUCAAGAGCUUCGACUUCAUCCUCCAUCUCGCAACAACAAAGAACCCGCCAACUCGAGAUCAUUCAAGAUGGCACGCCGCCCAGCGAGAUGUUACCGUUACUGCAAGAACAAGGUGCCCGUACCCCAAGUCCCGAUUCAACCGUGGUGUACCUGACCCCAAGAUUCGUAUCUUCGAUCUCGGCCGAAAGCGUGCGACCGUCGACGAGUUCCCUCUCUGCAUCCACUUGGUCUCCAACGAGUAUGAACAACUGAGCUCCGAGGCUUUGGAGGCUGCCCGUAUUUGCGCCAACAAGUACAUGGUCAAGUACACCGGAAAGGAGUCCUUCCAUCUCCGUGUCCGCCCUCAUCCAUACCACGUCGUCCGUAUCAACAAGAUGUUGUCUUGUGCCGGUGCCGAUAGACUGCAGACUGGAAUGCGUGGUGCCUGGGGUAAGCCCAACGGAACUGUUGCCCGUGUCAACAUUGGUCAAAUCAUCUUGAGUAUCAGAACUCGUGAGACCUACCGUGCACACGCUCUUGAGUCCCUCCGCCGAUCACAAUACAAGUUCCCUGGUCGCCAAAAGAUCAUUGUCUCCAAGAACUGGGGCUUCACUCCUCUCCGCCGCGAAGAAUACAUGGAGAAGAAGGCUACUGGAAAGGUUUUGGUCGAUGGUGCUUAUGUUCAGUUCUUGAGCAACCACGGAAAGUUGGCAGACAACGUCAGACGUUUCCCAGCUGCUUUCCAGGAGGCAUAA